AUGCCUAUAACCUCGAUUCCCCAGAUAAGCCCUGCGCGGAUACGGUCCUAUAUCCUGCGCCUGCCGUUCUGCACAAAGCUGCUAGUUGCGGCCAUUGUAGGACUAUGGGUUGCGACGAUUCCGUUUCCGUGGAUUAGAGACUUUGGGGCUUUGGAGCCGGCCAAGAUGGAUUUGACGCAGAUGCACCGACUCAACUUGUUUCCUUUGCUCCAUUGGAAUUUCAUCCACAUGAUCUUCAACCUCUUCGCCGUAACACCACUUAUCGAGCGCUUCGAGUCUGAAUACGGGACACUAGUCACGCUUGCGCUCUUCACCGGGCCUUUCGGAACCAUACCAGGAGGCGUAUACACCUUGUUGGAGAAGUUUGUGCUGAGGAGUAAUACCUCGGUCAUGGGUGCGAGCGUAUGGGUCUUCCUCCUCCUAUCAGCCGAAGUGAUGAAGACACACAAGGCGAACCCCUACUUUAGUGUCGGGCCCUACAAGAUUCCAACCUGGACCACCCCACUCAUUCUUGUCGUUCUGACCAGCAUACUCGUCCCGCACGUCAGUCUUGUGGGCCACCUGUGCGGUGCAGGCCUCGGCUACCUCUGGGCUUCCGGAUACAUCAAGUUCCUCGUACCACACGAGAAGAUCUUGAGAUGGAUUGAGACGAAACUGAACCUGCUCGGAAGGUUACCGCACUACGUCAGUGUCGACCAAAAGACAUACGGCCGCUACGGCGUGCUCCCGACUACCAGCGUGCCGCUGAGCAAUAGGACUCCUGACAGUGGACAACGACUUGGACCGUAG